AUGCUUGAAGAUAUUUCAUACACACAUAAAAAUGUUGAUUGUAAAGAAAAUUUCGAAUUACUUGAGAAGGCAGCUCAAUCAUGGCCCCUACGUAAAAAUGAUGAUACUAUCUCUGGACCAUUCCAUCAGUUACCUGUAUUGCAUUGGAAUCAUACGCAAAUUUUCGGUCAAACCUUACCAGUAGGACAAUUGUUAGCACGAAAAUUUGAUUUAUAUGGAAAAUUAACAUCGUCAAUUGACGAUAAAGAUCUUUUGCACGGUUAUAUUGAUGGUGUUGUUCCAUGUGCAUAUACCGAUGUGAUAUUCAAUAUUUUACAAUGCAUAUGGACUAUGAUUGAUUUCGUAGAUGAAAAAAAAAUCCGACGAAUCUUUUAG